CUCAUUCCUGCUUGAAUCCUCUGCCUUGAAGCCCACGAAGGACACCAUGUCAGACAAAAGUGACCUAAAAGCUGAGCUGGAGCGCAAGAAGCAGCGCCUUGCCCAGAUCAGGGAAGAGAAAAAGAGAAAGGAGGAGGAGAGGAAGAAGAAAGAGGUAAGGAAGAAAGCAGAGAGUCAGCAGAAGAGAGAAAUGACCCCAGAAGAUUCAGACUUGGACCGUAAGCGCAGAGAGACCGAGGCCCUCCUACAGAGUAUUGGCAUCUCACCGGAGCCUCCACUAGUGCCGACCCCUGUGUCCCCCUCCAAAUCGGUGAGCACGCCCAGUGAGACCGGGAGCCAGGAUUCGGUUGAUGGAGCAGCAGCAAGCAGGUCAGGGUUCUCUAAAAACAAGUCCCAAGUACAGACCUCAAGGACCCUGCAGUGGGACACAGACCCCUCUGUGCUGCAGCUGCAGGCUGAUUCUGAGCUUGGGCGCAGGAUGCAGAGACUGGGGGCUUCAAAGAUCACACAGGUAGACUUUCUUCCCAAAGAGGUGGUCUCUUACUGCAAGGAGACACAGACACCGCUCACAGCCCACCUGUCUGAAGUAGAGGAGGAGGAAGAAGAUGAGGAAAUGAUGGAGGCAAAACCAGGCCCUGAGUUGGAGCAGCAGGAUGAAGAUGAAAACAGGGAAGCUAAAGACGGCUCGUUUCCCAUGCUGAGGGAGCUGACCGAGGAGGAGAGGCAGCAGAUCCUGCACUCCUCCGAGUUUCAGAACUUCUUCGACUGCAGCAUCAGGGUGAUGGAGAGAGCCCUGGCUGAAGACGGAAACAUCUUCUUUGACUACAGCGGCAGAGACCUGGAGGACAAAGAGGGAGACUUGGGUAGCGGCUCCAGCCUCUCCUUCAGCAGACUCUUCUAUGAUGAACACUGGUCGAAACAUCGUGUGAUCACCUGCCUCGACUGGUCCCUUCAGUAUCCCGAGUUGCUGGUUGCCUCUUACAACAAUAAUGAAGAUGCUCCACAUGAACCAGAUGGUGUUGCCCUCGUAUGGAACAUCAAAUUUAAGAAAGCCACGCCAGAGUACAUCUUUCACUGUCAGUCUCCUGUAGUAUCUGUCGGCUUUGCGAGGUUUCAUCCCAACCUGGUGGUGGGCGGGACUUACUCUGGACAGAUCGUCCUGUGGGACAAUCGCAGUCACCGCCGGACCCCCGUCCAGAGGACUCCUCUAUCUGCUGCUGCACACACUCACCCAGUGUACUGCGUGAACGUGGUGGGCACCCAGAACGCCAACAACCUGAUCACUGUGUCGACAGACGGCAGGAUGUGCUCCUGGAGUCUGGACAUGCUCUCUCAGCCGCAGGAGACCAUGGAGCUGGUGUACAAUAAAUCCAAACCUGUGGCGGUGACAGGCAUGGCUUUCCCCACGGGGGACGUUAACAACUAUGUGGUUGGCAGUGAGGAGGGCACUGUGUACACUGCAUCCAGACAUGGCAGUAAGGCCGGUAUCUGUGAGAUGUUCGAGGGCCACCAGGGACCAGUGACGGGCGUCAGCUGCCACAGCGCCGUGGGCACCGUCGACUUUUCACACCUCUUCAUCACUUCCUCCUUCGACUGGACCGUCAAACUCUGGAGCACAAAGCACAAUAAGCCUCUAUACUCAUUCGAGGACAACGCAGACUACGUGUAUGACGUCAUGUGGUCGCCCGUGCACCCUGCUAUCUUUGCCGCCGUGGACGGCAUGGGCCGCUUAGACCUGUGGAACCUCAACAACGACACAGAGGUACCGACUGCCAGCGUGACCAUUGAGGGCGCAUCAGCACUCAACAGAGUCCGCUGGUCGUCAGGAGGGAAGGAGGUGGCGGUGGGCGACUCAGAGGGUCGCGUCUGGAUAUACGACACUGGAGAGCUGUCAGUGGCUCACACUGACGACUGGGGACGAUUUGCUCGUACCCUGAUGGAGAUCCGUGCUAACCGGGCAGAUGGCGAGGAGGAGGGGCCUAUGGAGCUGGCUUCAUAGAGCGGGACCAAAGCAGAGGGAAUCAAGACGCCUGGUGUGCUUUUAUCGGUGUCACUGUAGCAUGAGCUUCUCCCUCACUUCAGUUUUUGUUUUUCUCACUUUCAUGUGCAGUUACUGUCAGGUCGUAUUUCUGCGUUUAUCGUCUUGUAAAUGCACUCUGUCUGUUCAUUGGUAAACUGUUGAUCUUUACAGAUUCGUCCUACUUAUUUAUUUGUUUAAUGACUUAAGGUGAUGUGUUGCUUGCAACCUGUGAGCCUGCAGUAUUUACCAAGUGGCAGUCUUUUAGCCUUAUGAAGUUAUGUGUACUGUAACAAUGCUUUGCACUACUGUGAAACUCGAGCAGGGUCCAUAGACUAGUCAUGUUUACAAUCUGUCACGUCCACUUUAUGUUGUGCUUCUUUUUCUCUGUAUCAUGAUGCCUGCAUGCACACACGUUCCUGAAAUAUUACAGAUGCAUAAACAUGAGAGGUGGUUGUCAUGGUGAUGUGUUCGCGUGUGGAUGCUGUGGUUGUGAGGGAAUACAGAAACUUUAAAAAAAAGGAAUUGGCACUUUGUAUUUUGAUUCUAAACGGGAGCAACAUCUGUAUAUUAUUCAUGAACUCUUAAGGAUCAUUAAGAGGUAUAUUGUUCUGCGGAGUGCUCACUGUCAAACCUGCUGUGUUUACUAUUAAAGCAGAGCUGAUCAGCUGUU